AUGGGUUUUGAUGUUCGAAAGAGCUACGCAAACAAGAGUCCUCUUGAUGGAUUGGUAACAACGAGUACGUUUGUUUGUUCAAAUCAAGGUUCUCGGACUGAAAAUAAGUUCUGCAUUGGCAAGCGUAAUCGAGCACAUACAAGAACAGGUUGUAGAGUUCUCAUGGGCAUUACUUUGGACAGAGAAAAUGGGACUUAUAUGGUACAUGACUUAUUUGUUGAGCACAACCACAUUCUUCAAACUGCACAAACGAGUCAUCUGAUGCCAUCACAAAGGAACAUUUCUAAGCACCAGGCUAUUGAUAUUGAGGUUGCUGAUGAUUCCGGUAUGGCACCUAAAGUAGCACAUGAGUUUCUUGGUCGAUAUAUUGGUGGAUCAGCUAACCUUGGGUACACCCAUCGUGAUCAUAAGAAUUAUUUGCGAACUAAACGCCAAAGAGAGAUGUUGUAUGGUGAGGCUGGAAGUUUGCUAAAGUACUUUCAAGAUAAAGUCGUGGAGAAUCCUUCAUUUCAUCAUGCCAUACAAUUGGAUUGUGAAGAACAGAUAGCAAACGUAUUUUGGGCUGAUGCAAAGAUGAGUGUCGACUAUGCUCACUUUGGCGAUGUCAUCACAUCUGACACUACCUUUGGAACCAAUAAAGAAUAUAGACCGUUUGGUGUGUUUGUGGGUUUCAACCACUUUAGAGAGACCGUGGUAUUUGGAGCAGCUUUGAUGUAUGAUGAGACAUUUGAGUCAUUCAAGUGGUUAUUCAAUGCAUUUUUGUCAACACAUAACAACAAGCAACCUCAAACAAUUUUUACUGAUCAGGAUAUUGCAAUGGGAAAGGCUGUGUCUGAGGUCUUCACUACUGCAUGA